AUGACAUUACAAGAAAUAAUCAAUGCAACUAACGCAGACGCGGCACUAACGGCACUCCAUGAUGCAAUUAAAACAAACAAAUGGGAUUCCCCAAUUGUAAAACCGUUCAAAGCCGUAAAAACCGAACUUACGUCUACCACACACGGUGUUAUACUUCGAGGAACACGGGUUGUCAUUCCUGCGGCUCUACAACAACGUGCAAUAGAAUAGCACAUGAGACACACUUAGGAAUAGAGAAAACGAAGUCUCUAAUUCGUGAAAAAAUCUGGUUUCCGCAAAUUGACAACCAAGUCAAAAACACAAUUGCUAAGUGCACCACUUGUCAAGCUUUUGAACAGGCGAAUCCUCCACAACCAUUACGUAUGACCGAAAUGCCAAAGUUACCAUGGACAAUUGUCCACAUAGAUUUUUAUGGUCCAUUACCAUCGUCUGAAUAUCUUUUAGUGGUGGUAGAUAGAUACUACAGAUUCCCAGAGGUUGAGAUAGUUCAUUCAACACGAGCCUCAACAGUCAUUCCAAAACUUGACAAAAUCUUCUCAGUCCAUGGCAUUCCUGACACCAUUAUAUCUGACAAUGGUCCCCCUUUUAACGGAGACAAAUAUGCACGAUAUCUGAAAGCCCUUGGUAUUCAAGCUAGGUGGCCCCAAGCUAACGCUACAGUUGAACGAUUCGUUAGGAAAAGCGCUCAAGACAGCGACACUCGAAGGACGACCAUGGAAACAAGAAUUGAACCGUUUUCUUUUACAAUAUCGUACCACUCCACAUUGCACUACAGGAGUACCUCCAUCAGAACUGUUGUUUAACCGAGUGAUAAAAGGAAAAUUACCAGUAAUAAACAGCAAGAGGAUUGUCAAUUAUCAUAAAGAAGCUCGAGACAAUGAGAAAACACGACGAGAACGCAACCGAGAAUAUGCAAAUCAAAGGAGAAACACAAGAAAAAGUGAUCUACAAGUUGGAGAUUAUGUACUGGUUAGACAAGAAAAGAAAAACAAGCUAACUGCGAACUUUAAUCACAAACCGUAUAAUAUAUACGGUAUUAUCACUAUAAAGAAAACUGGUUCAGAGAUACUUGCCCAAAGUAAAGAUGGUCAUAUUGUGAAACGGAACGUGUCACAUUACAAACGAAUAAAUUAA